AUGGCGCCAACAAAGCCGGCUGGCUCAUCGAAGGGGCCAAAGGGCAAAUCCUCGAAAACAAAGCCUGCUUCCGGCGGGAAGUCCUCCACAAACCGAGUAUCAAAACCAAAGUCUGGCGCAAAAUCGGGCGCAAAGCCCAAACCAACUGAGGUCAAGGCGAAGUCACGAUCAGCUCCAGAAAUGUUGAAGAAAAAGAAGAAGCGAGUGUAUACUGAGAAAGAACUGAAUCUGCCCACAUUGAAUAAGAUCACGCCUGUUGGUGUGCAAAAACCACGAGGCAAGAAGAAGGGCAAGGUAUUUGUCGAUGAUCAGGAGAGCAUGAUGACUAUCCUCGCCAUGGUGAACGCAGAAAAAGAAGGGCAGAUAGAAUCCAGGAUGAUAAAGGCUCGGCAUAUGGAGGAAAUACGCGAGGCGAGGAGGGCUGAGGCGGAAGCCAGGAAGGAUAAGAAGAAUGCAAAACUAGAGGAGACCAAAGAUUCUCUUCGAAAGUCUCGCCGAUCCAAGGAGAAUAAGGGUAGCAAGCAUGAAGAACAGAACGAGCCAAAAGUCAAGACGGGAGGGAAAUCCAAAAGAGUUGCUUUUGCGUAA